AUGACGUCUCCACACUGGUCCCCUGCGAGGGCGUCGGAGGCGUGCUUCAUCUCUUUCAUCAUAGGCGGACAUAACGCGCCGCUUGAUGCUUUCAUAUUUAUUUUGAGCGGGCGGAUUUAUAACAAGAUCGGACACGCUACGCAGAGCUUCGCCGGACAAUUGUGUGGUGUUGCUGGCUUUUGGGUAUCGGUUAAUCGAAUAUUAACAAAAUUGUUAAUCAAUGAUGAACGCGGUAAUACGUCUGCAUUCUUCCUUAUGUCGAAUAUGACGAUUAUGUUGUGUUUCGUUUUACAUAAAAUUAUACGAAAGAUCGAAUUUGUGCAAUUUUACAUAACAUUGUGCCAGGAAAGAAAUCAAAUCACUUUAGAACCAACGGAAGAUGUCGGUUUGAUGGAUCCGUUGGAUCAAGUUGGCGAUCCCUCGAAAGGUCAAUACGGAGUGUUGAAGAUCCAAACGAGUCUAUUGGGGACAGAUUCUGCCAGUGGCACUGAUGCGUCUCGACAGUAUUCUGCAUUCUCGUUCAGCAAUCCAGUUUACGAACCUAGCGUUCCUUCGGGGAAUCCGCCUGGUAGUGCUAGACCGACUUAUAAGGUCGAAGACGUCGUGGUUAUGGGAGGCGCUUACACAAGCACACAAAGCACAAGUACACUAUGGUCCGGCAUAAAAAGAGGUUUGCUCGCUAGACUCGAAGUCGCCAAAUUGAUCUUUCCGUACAUGGCCAGUAUUGGAGUUGCUUACUUCGUAACCCUCUGCUUGUACCCAGGAAUCGUAUCGGAAAUAAUAUCCUGCAAAUUCGAAUCGUGGAUGCCAGUUAUUCUGAUGACUGUCUUCAACUCCGCUGAUUUAUUCGGCAAGGCUUUCGGUUUAAUACCUUACGAAUGGAAGCGCACUCAGUUACUCUAUUUCUCUAGUGCGCGAAUCAUACUUAUUCCCCUAUUUCUACUUUGCUCAAUUCCACGUGGUGCUCCUAUUCUCUCCGGCGAGGGAUUCCCGCUUGUGCUCUCCUGGCUCCUUGGCUUUACAAAUGGUGUAAUCGGUUCCGUACCAAUGAUUCAGGCGCCAAACAAAGUACCAGAAGAACAUCGAGAACUCGCAGGUAACAUUAUGACGUUAUCGUAUACUACUGGAUUGACCAUCGAAUCUUUAUUGGCGUAUAUGAUGGAUGCCUGUCUCGGCCCGUCUGUGCAAGCUAAGGACGUGUGCGCGCAGUUGGCGAAUAGUCAAAUUUUGACGACCCCGCUCAGCAACGUGACGGCGAGCAUUCUGAUGAACGGGAUAUCUUCCACUUUGCCCGUCGUUGAAAGAAUGACGACGAUGCCGAAGGCGAAGACCACUGCCAAUGUGCUAACUACGAUUCUGAUGUCCACGUUAUUGUCGAAUAGCACCGUAAGCCUACUAAGCGACGAAGGGGCGCUGAAUGCGUCCACGACGGUCUUACCAAAGCUCUUAGCUAAUGUUACCACUUCGGCAAGUAACGUGAUUUUGCAACAUUAGGACGCAUAUGUUUGUGCGCUGUGUUAAAUCUGGUGCUUUCACAUAUAUGAGAGAGAGGGGGGGGGAGAGGAGAAAGAAAGAAAAAUUAUGGGUGUAUGUGUGCGUGUGUACGCAAAAAAAUUAUAUACGAGUUGAAGAAGUCGCUAUAAAGCUAAAGUGUUUAAAUUGAUGAAAUUUGUAAGUUAUUGUAAUAAUUGUUGACAAGUGUUUAAUUUUUUUGGUUAUGUUGCUAACUAUAAGAUAUGAAGCUUAUAUUUUAUUUGUGUCCAUAUUAUGUAUUAUUUCUGAAUUUACUUUUUGCUUGAUUAUUUCAUGUAAAGAUUGUUUUUAAAAAGAUUAGAAAAAUAAAAAAGAAACAGUAUACCUAAUUUUAUUGCAAGUGAUAAAAAUAAAAUAUAAUACAAUUCAAACAAUAUGUAAUAUAUUAUUAAAGCACGAGACGUUCAGCAAUUGUUUCUGAAUGUUCCGGUUAUUCGAAAAAUUGUGUAGAUAAGAUAUAUCAAUCUUGGAAAUAAAAGGCCAGAAAAUAAUGCAAAAAGUUAAA